CCGAGUAUUGUACGUCGAAAAAAUCUGUCCAUCUGUUCACCACUGUUCUACCCUGCUCCACUCGACCCAUUCACUGGCGUUUACAUCGCUGGCAGCCUACUUUACCUUCGUUGCCGUCGACAGCGAGAAGAAACCAAUGAGAAUCCCGCCCCUCGAUCCACAGACGUGGCUCGAAAAAGACCAGUUCGAGGCCGGGGCGCGACGUGCCCAGCUGCGAAAGGAGGGGCGAAAAAAGCUGAAAAACUUCGAAACCCCCCUCGACCCGGAGAUCGAAAAGGUGGCGGUGGGACUGCUGCGCGAGGCAGGACCGCUGAAGAACAUUCCCAGUCUCGCCAACCCCAAAUCGAUCCUGAUGGAGCAAACCAAGCUGCAGAACUGCGAACUGGCCCAGCCGCAAACCGCGAACCUGGCAAACCAAAUAUUCGGUGGAUUCUUGAUGCGGCGGGCCUUUGACCUGGCAUACGCCACGGCCUAUGUCUUUGCGGGACGCCGUCCCAGGUUCCUAGAGGUCGACCAGGUCGCAUUCACCAUCCCAGUGAGCGUGGGUGACCUCACCAACUUUUCGGCGCAGGUCAUUCACGCAGACGUCCACGAGGAGCUCCGGAAUUUCAACUUUUACAAAGGCCAAAAGGACGUGCCCGUGAUCUCGAUCGAGGUAUCGGCAUGGGUCGUGGAACCGGAACAAGCUUCCGCCAAGCUAUCGAACAAAUUUAUCUACACGUUUGCAGCGGACCCCGGAAUGGAGAUCCGAAACGUCCUCCCGUCCAACAUGGAGGAAGCGCGGAAAAUGGCCAUCCAGAUGAGCAAGCACAAAAACGAUUUUCAUUGAAACCGAAUGGCUAACUUAGCUUGUCGGCAGCAUUCGAAGAAUCAACUGCUAUAUUUGAU